AUGCGGGCUGCUUCAAUUGCUGUCAUAGCUUGCCUAUUCUCGCGCACGAUUGCCCAGACGUUCCAGCGCCUAGGUGGUUGCCCUGAAUUAGGAUGUGUGUUUCCGCCAGAUCAGGCCGAUUUUCUCCCGGGUCAAUACUUUGAUAUUCGGCUCGAAGUACAUUCGCCUAUCAAUGGCUCCGAACAGCGUAUUGGAGGACCAGAUGAGAACUUUACAUUCACUAUCGCAAAAAAAGGCGGCAACCCUGUUCCAGCUACCGAGUUCUUCAAUGUCGAGGAUCCAAAGCUGGAGAGUUGGAACUUCACAUGGUAUGAAGAUCUGUUUGCAAAAGACAUGAACAAGCCCUCUGUGGUCAAUGCCACAGCCAAAGCAUUUCGCCGAGUGGCUUUGUAUGAGCCAGGGGAAUAUGAAGCUACUUUGACGUACUAUGGGACUCAGAAAACUGUGGCGAACUGGCUCAUUCGUGAUAUCCCGACGAAGCGGCGAGCGAAGAACGUCAUUCUGUUCAUUGGCGAUGGCAUGACAACAAAUAUGAUCACUGCUGCACGUCUGAUAGCUCAUCGCAGCAUCAACGGGAAGUACAUGACAAAAAUGGCACUGGACAAAUUUCCUGUGCUUGGACACCAAAUGACCCACUCGAUGGACUCGUUCAUUACCGACUCAGCAAACUCCGCGACAGCCCUCUACUCAGGCCACAAGACUACCGUCAAUGCCUUGAAUGUCUACGUCGACUCCUCCAGUGAUCCGUUUGAUGACCCCAAAUUUGAGACCAUUUCGGAAAUUUUCCGCCGUCGUCACCCGGAUGCCGGCGUCGGAAUUGUCUCCACCGCCUUCUUGGCAGAUGCCACCCCUGCUGGAUUGGCGGCUCAUACCAGCGACCGUGGAGAAUAUGACCAUGUUAUCGGCGCUUAUUAUGAAGGCCUGACCAAGUAUGAGUGGACAGACUGGGAUGGUCCCGACGUCCUCCUCGGAGCUGGAGCCGAAGACUUCCUUGAAAGCGAAGAGAACCAACGGGAUUAUUACAAGCUCUUUUCCGAGAAGGGAUAUAAUGUUGCUUGGAACAACACCGCGUUGCACGAUGCCCCACUGGAUGAGAAACUACUGGGUGUUUUCCAAACUUCUAAUCUUGCUACCUGGUUGGACCGCAAUGUCUACCAGGCCAACCUUCAGAACCAAAGCAAUUAUCCUGACGGUUCGGACCGUGAUGCAGAUGACUUGCCCGGGCUCAAAGACAUGACUCUCAAGGCAAUCGACGUUCUCCAUGAACGACACGGUGAUCAAGGCUGGUUCCUCAUGUCCGAGGCCGCCAGUAUUGACAAGCAGAUGCAUUCGCUGGACUAUGAUCGGUCCCUGGGUGAGCUUUUGGAGCUCGAUGAUACUGUUCGUGCGACGAUUGAACGCCUCGAGCACCUCGGAGAGCUGGAAGACACCCUUAUCAUCGUAACAGCUGACCAUGGCCACGGAUUCGAUGUCACCGGCUCUGUCGACACUGAGUACAUGGAUGCGCAAGAGGAGGACCGAGACAAGCGCAAAGCCAUUGGUUACUAUAGGGAGUCAGGACUGUCGCAAUACACUGUAGGCGGUCCCAAUGCCUUGCGAUACUCGGAAGGUGUUCACUUUCCUGCACGCUGGGAUCCGCGGUAUACACUUCACUCUGGCGUUGUUGCUUUCCCCGAUCACCGAGAGAACUACCAGGUUCAUAGCGAGGGUCCGCGAACCCCUGCCGCUAUAUCAAAGGAUAAGGAGAAUGGGUAUUAUGCUGCCUACAAGGAUGCAGUCACUGGCUUUCUGGUUAACGGAACACUGCCAGUCGACUCGAGCCAGGGAGUCCACUCAUUGACUGACGUUCCCGUGUUUGCACAAGGCCCAUGUCAGGAGUUGUUUGGUGGAGUCUACAAUUCUGUUGAUGUAUUUUUCAAUAUUGCAGAAUGUCUGGGUUUAUCGGAGACGAAGCAGAAUAGCCACAGUGGAAAAACGGGGGGGAAAUAA